GUUAGUCGUGUCUGCAUUAAUUACAACCAAAAUCUGAAAUCUAAUUUCAGUGGUGAGAGACCAUAGUCCAGCUGUAAAUCUUCAGUUAAACAUAGUCUUCAGAGGCCCCUUUUAGAGAGAGAGAGGGAGUGAUUGAAGAGUGAGAAGAAGAGCAGAUGCCUUAUUUAGUUCCAACUCCCAUCCACAAUUCCUAUUAGUUUCUUGUCUGCAUUUGAAGAUUUCGAGAAAAAAAGGCUUUGGAUCAGAUUUGAAGACUGUAGCUCAAAAGGGGUUGGUUGAUCUGAGCUCUUUUAUGUGAAAGUUUUGCUGAGAAAUGGACCAAACAAUUGAGAGGUCUCCAAAUGGGCACAGGGGGUUUAGAGUUCAAGCUCCACUGGUUGAUUCAGUAUCAUGUUAUUGCAAGGUUGAUUCAGGCUUGAAAACGGUUGCUGGUGCGAGAAAAUUUGUACCAGGUUCAAAACUCUGUAUUCAGCCAGAUAUCAAUCCCCGUGCACACAAGAGCAAAAGCUCUCGGAGGGAGAGGUCGAGAGUGCAACCGCCUCUUCUUCCUGGCCUUCCAGAUGAUCUUGCGAUUGCUUGUUUGAUACGGGUUCCUCGUGUUGAACAUAACAAGCUCCGUCUAGUAUGCAAAAGGUGGUAUCGCCUUCUAGCUGGGAACUUCUUUUAUUCUCUGAGGAAAAGUCUUGGAAUGGCGGAAGAGUGGGUAUAUGUCAUAAAAAGAGAUCGUGAUGGGCGGAUUUCGUGGCACGCGUUUGAUCCAACCUAUCAGCUUUGGCAACCUCUCCCUCCUGUUCCGGGUGAGUAUAGCGAUGCCCUUGGAUUUGGCUGCGCUGUCCUUAGCGGUUGCCAUCUGUAUUUGUUCGGAGGGAAAGACCCAAUUAAGGGGUCCAUGAGACGGGUCAUCUUUUAUAGCGCUAGAACGAAUAAAUGGCACAGGGCACCCGACAUGCUGCGUAAACGACACUUUUUCGGGUCUUGCGUGAUUAAUAAUUGCCUUUAUGUCGCUGGUGGUGAAUGCGAAGGAAUACAAAGAACCCUUCGUUCUGCAGAGGUCUAUGACCCCAAUAGGAACCGGUGGAGCUUCAUUGCUGAUAUGAGCACAGCCAUGGUGCCCUUCAUUGGCGUUAUUUAUGAUGGGAAGUGGUUUCUGAAAGGCUUGGGAUCCCACCGAGAGGUCUUAAGUGAAGCUUAUAACGCGGAGACGAAUACAUGGUCUCCCGUCAAUGACGGGAUGGUUGCUGGUUGGCGCAACCCGAGUAUCUCUAUGAAUGGUAGACUAUAUGCCUUGGAUUGCCGGGAUGGUUGUAAGCUUAGAGUGUAUGAUGAGUCCACGAAUUCUUGGAACAGAUUUAUCGAUAGCAAGCUUCAUCUCGGGAACUCCCGGGCAUUAGAAGCUGCUGCCCUCGUUCCCCUUAACGGCAAACUGUGUAUAAUUCGGAACAACAUGAGCAUAAGCUUGGUUGACAUUUCGAGCCCGAAUAAGCAAGUGGAAGAUAACCCUCACCUUUGGGAGAAUAUAGCUGGAAAAGGCCACUUCAGAAACCUAUUCACCAAUUUGUGGUCGAGCAUUGCAGGACGAAGUGGAUUGAAGAGUCACAUUGUGCACUGUCAGGUGCUCCAAGCAUGAGACUAUCUGUCUCAAACCAUUCUUUUUCCCCUAAAUCCCGUUCUACCUGUCAAGAUGGAUACAAUUGGCAACUAGGAUAUUGCCUCGUGUAGGGUCAGAAUUCGAGGCGAAGUUUCUUCCUUUAGAGGUUCGGUUCUGCAUGCUGAUCACAGUGGUAAGUUCAUAAUCUGAUGAUUUUGGCAUGCUGAAAUAUAUCGAAAACAGAUAACAUUAGCUUUUCAAUUUUGUCAGAUUCAUGAAUAGGAAGAUCGAGAUCGAAUAGCUUUGCAUUUGUAUAUCCUCUUCGAUCCAUAGUUUUGUAGCAGUAGCAUGUAAUCUCUCUUGGGUCGUUUUUGUGAAUAUCUGUCUCUCUUUAGUCAUAAAGUUCCAUUUUUAGUUGAAUUCUCAGCUUUGUAUGAGUACUUAUGAACCCCUUUUUCUUGCUUCAGCAGUUUUGUGUAUAAAAUGUGAUUGAUAUAUAAUUUUGCAGUGAA